GGCCAUUUUCAAAAAGUCGUGCUUGCGAACGGACGGUGUUUCGUACAUGUGAAAGAUAGUUUCUACAGACUUGGUGUGUCGGUUCUCCACAGCGGUACAGUUCGCAAGCGUCCCUUGCUCUUCUUGUUUGCCAAGUUCUCACGGAUAUAAUUGUACAAACACUUUUAUCAAAAUGACGGAUGUUUCGGCGAAAACUGAAAAGACCCCGGUCACCACCACCGAGAAAGAAGUAGAGUCGGACGAGGCGACGCCACAAGUAGCGCCCGCCGAUGCGACAGAGGAAUCUGCAACAACCGAAAAAGCUGCCGUUGAAACCGAUGGUGCUACUGCCGCCACCACCGAAGCCGCGGAGGUAACGGAGAAGAACGGCGAGGAAGAGCCGGCCAAGGCAGACAAAGACAAUGGUGUCGCUACCGAGGAGGAUGCUGCCGCCGUGGAGGGUGGCGAACCGAAAGAAUCCCCGGCCGAGGAUGGCGAGGAGGGUAAGGAGCUGGAUGAAGCCGACAAAACUGCCGAAGCCACCAAGAGGAAAGCCACCGACGUGAAGGCUGACGGUGCGGCCGUGGAGGUUGACGGUGCCGAGCAUACGACGCCCGAGAAGAAGGCCAAACUAGACGACAGCAGCGACGCUAAAGUAGCGGAGGAGGUCUCCACUUAGACACUAUAUUAACAACUUAACUUUAUAACUAAUCAUCGUAAAAAUGUCUCGAUACAAACCUUCAUACAUUCAAUAAACUAUUCUUUUCUGGAGUAACUAAACACAAACACACACACA